UUAAACUAAAGUCAAGAGCAUUUAGAAGGAAUGGAUCCAACGCUGUUAUGAGAUUUUUAAAUUCAGAGGAUCUUUUCAUGCUGGAAUGCAAGUACCCAGAUGUGUUGAGACCGGGCAAGGCAGGACGUCCAGAUACAACUUCUGUGAAAACCUUGCAGAAGGCAGCAGGGAGCGGAUCGUCAGAUCAUUUUAGAAGCCCUGAAGCUGCUGACGUGUUGCAGCAUGAGGAAGAACCUGCAGGCACCCCAAUGCACAGGAGAGAGAUGACAAAUUGUAGUAACUGUCCUCCUUCAAUACUGAGAAAAAGGCCACCUGUGAACCAAGCUGUGGGUGAAAAGCGAAAAUCCGAGAGAAGAGUUCGGUUUCAGGAGCCAGAAGAGAUCCACGAACAUGGUAUUUCCUGCUGUGAGUACAUGGUUGCCCAUGACAGUUCAUCCACUGGUUUGCCUACGUUCCUGUGGCUUUUGCUCUGUAUCACACUCAUCCUGGCUGUGAGUCUGUACUACAGCAGCGUGAAGCAAAAUUUCAAAGUCGUGGAAGAAUUUCAAUCUCAGCUUGUUAUCAUCUUUCUUCAGAUAAGACACGCUGCUCUGAAAUGCUGGACAUGGUUUAUGAGGCAAUAACUGUGUCCAUUGUCGGUGCGGCCCAAGACAAAGAUCCUUUUGGAUAGCAUCUAAACACAUAUUGCUGUGAAAAGGUUCAAAGCCCACUCCAGCCAGACAUCAGAGAAUGCAUUAGUCUUCCCCUGGAAGAAUAAUAAACCUGCCCUUGUUGUGCACUUUCCUAUUCCCACAGACACUUGAUUUCCUUUCCUUUUAUUAUUCUUAUUGUGUGAGUUAUGUUAGCACCCAGGGGUCCAAACCAAAAACAGGUCUCUGUUGGCUUACUUGGUAUAUAAACUAAAGAGAGAAGAAACAGAAACACAAAGGGUUUAAUUGAUAUGUCGAGGGUCUUACUGCCCAGCAGGGGCAGAAGUGGUACCUACAUUAUGCUAAAUCGCAUGUCAGGGCCUUAAUCAAAAGACCCACCUCUUUUUUUCCCCCCAUCAACUCACCUUUAUGCGGUUUUUGGAGAAGCUGAAGCAAAGCUGAAUGACUGAGCCAAUGCCGCUCUUCUGGCUGAAGGCUCAACAAACCCAUCUAUUUAAACACAUGUAGAAUCAGUGCAAGUAAAACCUUGGCAGAUGACUCAUUCCCCUUCAUGCUGCCUGCUACAUGGACAAAAGACAUCUCUCGGAAAUGUUACACUUGACUCAUGGGUGUGAAAGAGAGCAUGGAAACUCAUUUAAACAGUAAAUAGUGAUUUGCCUAAUAUCAUACAUAAUAGAAUUGAAUCCCAGGUUAAUUAUCAAGUCAGUAGUUUCAUCCUGUGAGUUUGAUUCAGUCCAUAAACCUCAUGAGCCGAGCUUACAAGGUUUCUGACAUCACCAAACAUCUUCAAUUUAUUUCCAGCUUGUAUCUAGUCAGAGAUCAUGCAUUUAGUCCAGACCUGUUUAAUUGCAGUUUAAGGCCUUACCUCAUGCAAUUAUUGACAGUUUAGGGAGGUAGAUGGUAUCUUUGUGGCCUCUAUUACUAUAUCAUAUGUAAUAUAUCUCUGAAGGGAAUUAUUUCAAGGCUGCUGCUGCAAUAAAUAUGGCACUCCUCUUUUGUGCGUGUCCAAGCAGACUCCAGCGUUUGGAGGGUUACAGCCAAGAGAGGAAAAACAAAAAAGUUGUGUCCAUGAACAACAGCUUUCAAUUUUCUAUAAACAUAAAUAGCCACAUUGCCAGCUUUUUCUUCCCUUAAUUUUGUGUCAAGUAAAGUUAAAGGAGCAAGUCUGACAAAGUACAUGCUUAUAUUUAGAAAGAUAAAGAUGAUCUGAGAAUCUGUAGGAGCAGGAGGAAAAAAUACCCAUCCACCCUCCCAAGAAGAUGGUCAGCAAUAUUUACAAGAUCACAGACCAGUGUUCUGCUAUUGCAAUUGGCCUACUUUUAAUUUUGGAUUGACAAAAAUGUCAGUGUGGCACUGCAGUGCCACAGCAAAUCAUUUUCUGAGCAGCCCACUGACUUCCCAUGAAUUAAAUGUGAACAAGGAGAGAUACCUUUCCUCAUAAGGAAAGCAUACAGCAUCUUAAUUAAAAUGAGGUCAAACAAAUUAUUGCACAAAGAUUUAAGUAUAGGAAGAAGUGACAUAAUAGCUAAUCUGUUGCUCAUCUUAGCUUGUCAUAGGCCUAGAGGCAAAAGCCUCUGAAAAGCCACCAGCACAGGAGUCAGGGAGAAGGAUUCAGCCCUGUGACUUUUUAUACAAACUGCUCAUGUGUCACAGCCUAAUAGGAUAUGCUGUACCAAUGUCUCUCCCCCGUGUUUCCUUUUUUAAGCAAUAAA